AACUGAAAAGUAAAGAGAGGACUUCAGAGAGUCUGGGACCUUUGUGCAGACGUGCUCUAGCCUCCAGGGCGGGCGGGAGGGAGGGAGGGAGAAAAGGAGGGCGCUGCGAGCUGAGGCCCCACCUUUCAUUUCAGCAAAGUGCACAGCCAGAGCAGGAUGAAUCACAGGCAUAGGUAAGGGACUUGGACUCCUCUCUCUGGGAAAACAGGGCACUUGCUCCAUCUGGAGUGGCCUUGGCAGGGCAUUGGAGCCAUUGGUCUGCCCGGUCUGGCCUCUGGGCCCAGGGCUGGGUUUCCCUCAUGUAUGACAAGAACCCUACGCGUGUGGUGCUUUUUCUUCUGGGCAUACAGCUCACAGCUCUUUGGCCCAUAGCAGCCGUGGAAAUUUAUACCCCCCGGGUGCUGGAGGCUGUUAAUGGGACAGAUACUCGGUUAAAAUGCACUUUCUCCAGCUUUGCCCCUGUGGGUGAUGCUCUAACAGUGACUUGGAAUUUCCGUCCUCUAGAUGGAGGCCCUGAGCAGUUUGUGUUCUACUACCACGUGGAUCCCUUCAAACCCAUGAGUGGGCGGUUUAAAGAUCGGGUGGUCUGGGACGGGAACCCUGAGCGGUACGACGUCUCCAUCAGGCUCUGGAAACUGCAGUUUGAUGACAAUGGGACAUACACCUGCCAGGUGAAGAAUCCCCCCGAUGUCGACGGGGUGAUAGGGGAGAUCCGGCUCAGCGUCGUGCACACUGUACGCUUCUCUGAGAUCUACUUCCUGGCUCUGGCCAUUGGCUCUGCCUGUGCAGUUAUGAUCAUAAUAGUAAUUGUGGUGGUCCUCUUCCAGCAUUUCCGGAAAAAGCGAUGGGCUGAAAGAGCUCAUAAAGUGGUGGAGAUAAAAUCAAAAGAAGAGGAAAAGUUCAACCAAGGGAAAAAAGUCUCUGUUUAUUUGGAAGACACAGACUAACAUCUCUAGAUGGAAGCUGAAGAUUUCCAAGAACAAGAACUCUAGUAUUUCUUGAAGUUAAUGGAAAGUUUUCUUUGCCUUUUCCAGUUGUGACCUGUCUUCCGACCAAUUCUGCAGCACAUAUCUACCUAGAUAAGCAACAUAGAUACCACCAGACUCCCAUACAACCUCAGUAUUAAGGUUUUAUUUAAUUUCAGAUUGAAGAUAAAUUUCAAAUGGUCACUGGCUUUUGUAAACUAAGAAACUGUAUUUUUGCUCUUAAACACUCCUUAUGAAUUACAACUUGUAUAUACAUCUUUGGCAUCAAAGGGGGUAGAAGCCAAAUUGUCAUGACAUUUCCUUCCACAUAUUAGUUUCUUUAGAGAAAUACUCUUGUUAUAGAAGUUAACGUGGUGGGUCGCGCCUGUGGCUCAAAGGAAUAGGGCCCCGGCCCCAUCUACAGGAGGUGGUGGGUUCAAACCCAGCCCUGGCCAAAAACUGCACAAAAAAAAAAAAAAAAAAAGUUAAUGUGGUUACUCUCUUUUCUUCCCACAUUCUCAAUUAAAAGGUGAGCUAAGUCUCCCAGAUGUUUUGGAUUACAUGUAAUAGUAAGUUCUAAAUUCAAAUUGUUAAACAAUAUUUUUCUGGGUUUCCUAAAGUAUGGUACACAUCUUGUUUUAUUGAAUUUCUUUCAAUAUCCCAGGUGUUGGGUUUGCUGUUGUUGUGGUGUUGGUGUAAUGUGGUGGGCGGCACCUGUGGCUCCUGUAUAUGGGGCCAGCACCCUACUCUUUGUAUUGAUAAAUGCAAGGUUUACAAUAGCACAAGCCUAAAUCACGUGGUAACUACAAAAGGUCACAUAAACGCUAAUAGAUUGGCAUAUGCCACCUCAUAUUAUUUGUCACCUUUUUUCUAUGUUGUAGAAAAUAAUCAAUCAAAAUAAUCAAGGAUUUUCCAAGAGCAGUGAUUGACUAUUUAGCUUCCUAUACUUCCCCCUCCCCCAAUUCAAUGAUCUAUAACAACUGUCUAGGCUCAUUUUCAGACUGGAGUCAUGAAGCAGUUUAACCUAAGGACUCAGAAAUAGUACAGUACUACUUUGAAAAUAAAGACUGGCAAAAAAGAUCAACCUAAAAUGAUAAAAUUAUACAGUAUUAUGCAAAGCUCUGAGAACUGAGAUUAUUUAAGUUUCUUAUUUUUUUGGUUGUAAUUCAUUGCUUAUUGGGGGCUGGGUAAAAUUUGGUAUGGGGUAAAGAAAUACCAAAACUACUUAAACUGAAGAAAACCAAUUUUAUUGUUUUUUCUCCUUAUACUGGUAGAUAAAGCAAACUUUAUAAGUAGGCUAUGGAAAGAAGAGGGUCUUUUAAAAACUGUGUUUUCUAGCAUUUUUCCAAACUUAAGCUACAGUAAAUUUGUACCAAGGACUGAAAAGAUCUAAAAGGUUAGGCUCAAGAUCAGUCUUCACAGCCUGAUACUUCCUCAGUUUUUACCAACUGGGCUGCAGAUGUUACUUCUUUUAACAAACUAGAAUUUUCACAUAGAUUAUCUGUAUUUAAUGUUCAUGAUCCUUGAUAUUUUUCCAAUAUGUAAUUUUAAAAUUUGGUAUUAUUUACAUAUAAACCUUAAUUCUGAAAUUCAUUCCAUACCUGUCUAAUUCUGUCUUUUAUACUGCCUAAAAAAGUGAAGUUUCAAUAUUCAGUUUUGAAACUAAAAAUUAGAUUCGAAGUCUAUUAUUACCUUUAAUUCAUAUCGUAUAUUUUUCUUCAUAACUCAACCUUUGCAAAUAUAAUUCAAACAGAUGGCCUGGAUGAUGUUCCAUAAAUAUUAACGAAGAAGUAGUUAAAACUCAUGGACGGUUUUUCCAGCUAAACCUGCACUUUGUAUCUUGGCUAAAUAUUCAAGGGGUAACAAAGCCCUGGUGUUUAGUGUACCCUUCCUACAGAUGACGUUUGUAUUUGUAAUUUAUUUUUUAUUAUGGUUUAAACACUAUGUAAAUAAACCUUCAGUAAUAAAGAAUUCUCAAUUA